GUGCAGAUAAACUAUGUGCUGUCACUGCCGUCCGGCGAGGUACUCGAGAAGCGGGUGGGCAUAGAUUUCCGGAUGGCCAGCGCAAGCAUGAAUGAGAUUCAUUGCUCGAAGGCCAUCCAGAAGUCGCUGCUGUCCCUGAAGCCCAACACGACUGUGAAGCUCGCCUGUCGCAGCGACUAUGCAGCGGGUGACAGUGGCAACAAGGAGCUGGGCAUCCCAGCGAGGGCCGAUGUGCUGGUACAUAUGGACUUGCUGCAGAUCUACGAGUUCGAGGAUGUCGGCAAGAAAGCCUCCUGGGAAGAGAACUUAGUCAUGAAGAAGGCCAUCAAGGCAGUGCGAAGUCGAGUCUGUCCUGGCUUCGAUGGUACCUGGUGCAAGGUGAAGUUGCUGAGCGCCACGGUUGGUCAGGAGGAGAAGUUAAGUGAAGAAGUCAUGGUCAACAGCGUCGUUGGCAAUGGCGAGAUGUGCGACGCUUUGGAAGCAGUGUGUGCCUGCAUGCGCAAAGGAGAAGUCGCACUGGUUACGGUGAAGCCCAUCCCAUCUUUGUAUUUGCCGGGUGUGCCGAACCUCGAGGUGCCUGCGGAGUCUGGCAACGUGGUCUUCAAGCUGGAGAUGGUCGACUUCGGCAAUCCACCGCCGGAGGAAGGCCCCAGUGACUCAACAGACCUGCUGGAGUUCUGCCAAAAGCAGAAGGAGCGAGGCUCAGCUCACUUCAAAGCUGGGCGCGUCCGCCUUGCAUACGAACGAUACUCCAGAGUCGUAGCUCUUCUCCCGCGUUACAAGCGGCCUUUGGGCAGCACCACCAGCGUGGAGGUGUUUGAGGAUCCGGAAGAGCGACAGGCUGGGGAGGAGCUCAAGAACACAUGCCGGCUCAAUCUCGCUGCCUGCGCCUUGAAGCUUGACCUUGCCUACUCUGCUGCUCGCUUUUGCGAUGAGGUCCUGAAGGAGGACCCAAAGAACGUCAAAGCGCUCUACCGGCGUGCUCAGGGCCUGCUAGGGUCCAACGAUUUCGAGGAGGCCCAGCGCGACUGCAAGGCUGUCCUCGAGAUCGAGCCGGCUAACAAAGACGCCCGACUUCUCAUGCAGAAGGUCCGGCAGGCCGAGAAGGAGCAGCUGAAGAUGCAGAAGGAGCAGUUUGGAGCUUCCCUGGUGAGAAAGCUGGCAUAG